UCCCCUCGCACUUCUCCAUCCCCGCUCCUGGCUCCUCUGUCUUGUGAUGCUGCAGAAUGUUCCGUACCUCUCAGGUGUAAGGUUGGAUGUACACUUUUGAAGAAGACUUGAGGCUUUUUUUCACACGGACUCUCGUGGAUUUAAAGGUUAAGGAUCUCCGAUGCCAUGCGACCCACCUCCUCUCCUCAGUGAGACAGCCCAUACCCUAAACCUCCAGGACCACACAGGACAGGAGAGAGAUGUGAAGCCAGCUCUGGGCUCAUGCUAUAAGGCAGAGAGAGAGAGAGAGACCCAGAGCCCCAGACCCUGAGAGUUGUGGGUACACAGCGUUAUCUAAUGGAUGGCCGAGUGACUAAGUGAAGGAAGGAAAUCAGAACAGAACUGACGUGAGGUCAUAAUGAGUGGCCAGCAAGGCGAGCCGGCCAUCGGCCACAGCCAUGUUGGUGAGGUCGGGAACAACAACCAGAACAGCCAUGUUGGUGAGGUCAGGAGCAACAACCAGAACCAGCAGGCCGGGGGAGGGGGAGUGGGGGCGGUGACACCCGAUGGGGAUGCUAAUGCGAACCAGAUGAUCCAGACGGGGGAGGGGGGCAGCGACGGCGGAGGGGAGAGUACAGGAGGAGAUGUUGACACUCUGCCCCCCCUGAUGUCUCAGACCACUGAGGUGUCUCAGACAGUCACAGAGGAGCAGAAGAACAAGAUUAUCAUCUGGGGGACAGACUCUCGGUGUGACGACCCGGAGCUGGCCGAGUUUGAGAUGUUAGAAUGUCAGGAGCUGGAGGCAUACCUGGUAGAGGAGGAGGAGGAGGAGGAAGAGGAGGAGGAGGAGGAGGAAGUAUGUGAAGGAGUAGGACUAAGAGUAGGAGUGAAAGGAAGUGCACGGCAGAUUCUCCUGGAUCAGCCUGUCUCCAUAGUGGAUCUAGUCUCUGACAGUAGAGAGGGAGGAGGGAGGAGGACUAUUCAACGUGGCUCCAACGGGCAGGACGCCGCCACCAUGGGCUCUGGAGGAACCAGAGGGACGGCGGAGUAUGUGACGAGGACAGAGUUCAGCUCUGAGAACCAUGUCUUGGUGUCCCGCCUGUCUACUAUGUUCAGUCCGGAUGGGAGUCUGGUCAGUGCUCUGGACACCGCUGGACGGACACAGGCCACCACCACAGACUCCUGGCAUGUCCCCUCUGGACCCUCAGGACCAGACGGGACCAUCUCAGAGGAUCUCACCCUGGCCUUCCAGUCUUGUACCACCAUCUCAGACCGGUCCAAGGCCUCUCAGCGAUCCAAACAACCUCAGGCUCCAUCUAAAAGCACAAUACAACGAGCUGACCUCGAUCUAAACCAGAACACAACUGAGGAGGUUGUCGUUGCGGAAGCACAAGUCAGUAACAACGUCGUAGUGGGUCGUUGUAAAUGUCAGCAGAACAUGGAGGAAGAUCAGGGCAAUGAAGAGCACAACCAGAAUCUGGAGCAGAGGUACCAGGAUGCUAGAGGUAGUGGGGGGAAGGCAGCUGGGGACCACCAGGAUGCUAGAGGUAGUGGGGGGAAGGCAGCUGAGGACCACCAGGAUGCUAGAGGUAGUGGGGGGAAGGCAGCUGUGGACCACCAGGAUGCUAGAGGUAGUGAAGGGAAGGCAGCUGAGGACCACCAGGAUGCUAGAGGUAGUGGGGGGAAGGCAGCUGGGGACCACCAGGAUGCUAGAGGUAGUGGGGGGAAGGCAGCUGUGGACCACCAGGAUGCUAGAGGUAGUGAAGGGAAGGCAGCUGAGGACCACCAGGAUGCUAGAGGUAGUGAAGGGAAGGCAGCUGUGGACCACCAGGAUGCUAGAGAUAGUGGGGGGAAGGCAGCUGGGGACCACCAGGAUGCUAGAGGUAGUGGGGGGAAGGCAGCUGAGGACCACCAGGAUGCUAGAGGUAGUGGGGGGAAGGCAGCUGGGGACCACCAGGAUGCUAGAGGUAGUGGGGGGAAGGCAGCUGAGGACCACCAGGAUGCUAGAGGUAGUGAAAGGAAGGCAGCUGAGGACCACAAGGUGAUACCCCCUGAUAUGAACCACAACUUACCCGCCAAGUCAGGCACAAAUGGGAUUCAAUCUGUUGAAACCAGAAGCUUGAAGAAGCAUGGCUCUUUUGAUAAAACCUCAAAGGAACAAGGCUCCUUCGGACAAAGCAUGAAGAAAACGACUUCGUUUGAACAAAGCCUAAAGAAAACAACCUUGUUUGAAAACACCACAAAGAAGUCGGCCUCGUUUGAUAGAAGCUUGAAGAAAGAACCUUUCUUAGAUAGAACGUUGAUGAAAGAGGCAUCCUUCGACAGAACGUUGAGGAAGCAGGGCUCGUUUGAACGUAGCUCCAGUCCUUCUAGCCUGGAUGGGAGGAAGCCCUGGGGUAGCCCCAGCAGGAGCCCCAGCCGCCCCGCCACCCCUCCCUGGUCCCCCAGGAGACCAGCCCCCUCCUCCCCCGCCAAGACCAGCUCCAGACCUCCCUCCUCCACCUCUCCAGCCAAGGCCAGCAACCGAGCCUCCAGCCAGGACCGCAGCGACUCCCCACAGAGGGGUACCACCAGUGGCCUCAAAGCGCCGAGUAAGGUAUGUGUAAUCAGCAACAUCCCCAAACCCAUCUCCCCACAGCCACCUGCAGACCCUAGGAGGGCCUCUCCUCACAAACCCAAACCCGCCCGUCCCAAGAUCAUCACGUACGUCCGUAAGACCCCUCAGGUGAAGUCCCAGGGGACAGAGGUUGACCCAAAUGAAGCCUUGACACUCCCUCUCCGCCUGUCCUUUUCCCACCCCAGCCCUCCUACAGCCCACAGAAAGCCCCACAAGGCAGAGCCCCAUUCUAAGGCCUCACAGGUGCUCUGCUCCUCUAAUAUACUCUUUGAUAAGUACCGUCAGGAGAUGCAGAAGGCAGGAUACUUUCCCCCGGGUACCGGCAUGACGUCGCUGGGCAUCAAACCUCCCAGCCACCCUCCUCCUCACAACCUCUCUUUGAACUCUGAGAGCUUUCAUGGGGAACUGACUGACAGAUACAUGCAUGAGUUGGCUCCAGCACCUUCACAGCUGGCUCCCCAGGAGGGGACAGGCCUCUACCGUUCCCCCAGGCCCAGAGGGCCCCAGCUGGGGUUAGGGGCCGUCACCCGGCAGCCUGCUGCAGCCAAGAACAGGACUAUGUUCCAGGGCCAGACCGGUCAGCGGUCAGGGGUCGUGACCCUCAGCCAUCCAGGACAGCAGCAGGCACCGCCAGGGAACAACCAUGGAAACCAUGACUCCACAGCAGACCAGAGGACGCCAGGUCCAGAGACCACCGUGGCCAGGACCCUGCUGCCUAAACCUGGUCAGUCUCGUUUGCGACCCCCAGGCUUCUCGGCCUUGCCACCUGCCCGUCUGGCUGCCUUCGGCUUUGUACGCAGCUCCAGUGUCUCCUCGGUUUCCAGCAACCACAGCGAUCCCUGUCGACCCUCCCAACGUCCCAGCAGUGGUAGCGAUGACACCCCCCUUCCCCUGUCCCCUGUACCCCCCAGCCACAGCAGCCCCCAGCCCCCCAACGCCCCUGCCCUCCACCGCCGCUCCGUGCUGCCCCCGGCCCGAGUCUCUCCCACGGCUUCUAGGAAGGAGAUUCAGAGGGAUGUACCACCCGCAGUCUCCUCCCCUAAACGGUUCGCAGUGGUUUCACCCAAACCCCAGUCCCCUGUCCGAGGUAGACCAGCAGAUCGUGGUGGUUCAGGGUCAGGGGUCGGAGGUCAGGAGUGUGAGCGUGCCCUGGUGCAGAAGCUGAGAGAGCGCUGUGAGGACCAGGCUAGGCAGCUCCUGUCUCUGCAGGCUGAACUGAAGAAGGCUUCUCUUGGACUAGAGGUGUUUGCCAUUACUACACAACACUUCUGCCUGAAGAGCGAGAGUGCCAUCCUGAAGGAGAGGGAACUGUCCCUGGAGCUUGCCAGGAUCAGGGAUGAAGUGGCCUCAAGUGAGUCGCGGUGGGAGAUUCUGCAGCAGGACAAGGAGGAGUUGGAGCGGAGGUUUGAGCGGGAGCUGGAGGGUCUGCGUGCCCAGCAGCAGAGUGAGCUGGGCAGGCUGGAGGAGAGACUGAGGCAGUAUCACAGCCUAGAGGUACAGCGCCUGGAGACCCAACAACAGGAGCAGCUGGAGAGACUGAGGACACAGCAGCUGGAGCAGAUGGAGGAGGUGACGGAGAACCAUGAGGAAGCUCUGACUGAAAUGGAGGACAACCACAACAACACGCUGGUCACUCUGAAGGAGGAGCAUGCCAGGACUGUCAAAAACCUGAAGAUGGCCCAUGAGCAGCAGAGGAAGUCAUUGGAAGAGGACUUUGAGAAGCUCAGACUGUCGCUGCAGGACCAGGUGGACACGCUGACUUUUCAGAACCGCAGCCUGAGAGACCGAGCCAAGCGCUUUGAGGAGGCUCUACGCAGGAGCACCGACGAACAGAUAGUGGAUGCUCUGGCUCCAUACCAGCACAUCGAGGAGGAUCUGAAGAGCUUGAAGGAAGUUCUUUUAAUGAAAAACCAACAGAUCCACGAACAGGAUGUCAAGAUCUCGGAGCUGGAGAGAAUGGCCCAAAAGAACGUGUUCCUGGAGGAAAGAGUACAGAUGUUACAGCAGCAGAACGAAGACCUGAGGGCCAGGAUAGACAAGAACCUAGCCAUGUCCAGACAACUCUCGGAAGAGAACGCCAACCUCCAGGAGUCAAUGGAGAAGGAGAGCAACGAGAAGAAACGGCUGAGUCGGAACAACGAGGAGCUGCUGUGGCGUCUGCAGAGCCCUCACAUGUCCCCCACCGGCUCCCCCAUCCACCGAGCCUCUCCCAUCCUCCACUCCUCCAACACCUCCUCCCCUGGUCACCACCGUUCCUCCGCUGGCCCGGGGUCACCCGCUCGACCGCACUCCUACCACCAAUGAGACGCCUCUCCUCAAUGCCUCCACAUCGCCUCAUCUCCCUCAUCUCCUUUUUCCAGAUGAUGAUGAGGAGGAGGAUGGAGGAACAUUUCCCCCUCCCACUACAUCCCUUCAUCCAUCCACUGACUUCAUCCAUCAGCUGACUUCAUCCAUCCACUGACUUCAUCCAUCCACUGACUUCAUCCAUCCACUGACUUCAUCCAUCCACUGACUCCAUCCAUCCGCUGACUUCAUCCAUUCAUUGAUUUCAUCCAUCCAUCCACUGACUCCGUCCAUCAACUGACUUCAUCCAUCCACUGACUUCAUCCAUCCACUGACUUCAUCCGUCCGCUGACUUCAUCCAACCACUGACUCCGUCCAUCCACUGACUUCAUCCAGCCGCUGACUUCAUCCAGCCGCUGACUUCAUCCAUCCACUGACUUCAUCCAUCCGUUGACUUCAUCCAUCCGCUGACUUCGUCCAUCCACUGACUUCAUCCAUCCACUGACUCCAUCCAUCCACUGACUUCAUCCAUCCACUGACUUCGUCCAGCCGCUGACUUCAUCCAUCCACUGACUUCAUCCAUCCACUGACUUCAUCCAGCCGCUGACUUCAUCCAUCCACUGACUUCAUCCAUCCACUGACUUCAUCCAUCCACUGACUUCAUCCAUCCACUGACUUCAUCCAUCCACUGACUUCAUCCAUCCACUGACUUCAUCCAUCCACUGACUUCAUCCAUCCGCUGACUCAUCUUGGGAAGUCCCUUCCUUUUUCUCUCCCUUUUUUUAAAUGGAGGAUGGAGGAACACCUCUUCUUCUACACACAACGUCUCUCCUUCCAUCCAUUCGUCCCUGGAACUCUGGGACUUUUCAUCCGUCCUUUUGUCUUUAUUUUAAUUCUCUUUAUUUUAUCAACGUUCUAUCAACGUUCUAUCCCGAUGAGGGAGAAAUAUGUCUCCAUCCAGUCAACUCAGAAACGUUUUCCCCCUUUGUGUGUAUUAGUCUCCCUGUAUCUAAGGAUAGUUGGCUUCAAUGCUGACCAAACGCGUUUGUGGAAGUUCACUAUUGUAUCUCUGAGGUGAACGACCCUCUGUCUAUAAGACUUGUACAGUCCAGUGUUCCACUACUAGAUGAAUAGGCAACUCAUCUGUGUGACAAAUUCUGAAGUGACAGAGCAUGUUUCCCAAGUAAGGAACGAGGUCAGAACUCCCUCCAUCCAUCUGUUUCUAUCUCCGCCUUCACGUAUUGUAAUAUCACAUGGCCUGUGCUCUUUACCCUCUCUAUCAAAAACACGCUGAUGCCCCUCCCUUUAUGAAUUCUAUCAAGCAGACAGACUUGAUGUAGAAGAAGGACUCACUCCGCCAUUUUGGAUCUCAUGGUGCCUACAGUAUCUAUCUCCAUGUAUUUACCUCCAACUGUAUCAUCAGCUACUGGUCAGAAACGCAACAAUGAAAUACAAGAAGCGCCUUCGCUGUCCUGCCUUUACUGUCUGCCUUCUGUAUACUGUAGGCAGGUCUCUCACCAGCAAUAUCCUUCUCAAAGACCCCCGGGAAUUACAUGACAGCAUUACGAAACAACUGCAUGUGAAUUCAUAAUGUUAGCCUUGUUAUAGUGCAUAUUACAUUUACAUGUUAGUCAUUAAGAAGAAAGUCUUCUCCAGAGAGACUUACAGGAGCAGUUAGGGUUAAGUGCCUUGCUCAAGAGCACACCGACAGAUUUUUGUUUUUCACCUAGUCGGCUCGGGGACCUUUCGGUUACUGGCUGAAGGCUGUUGACCGCUAGGCUACCUCCUGCCUCGCAUAUGAAUAGUUACAGUAUAUUAGUAAGCAGCACUGCAAUUCUACAUACUGGUUAAGAUCAUAAAGUCCUGACGCCCCAUUUAAUCCAGUUUAGCCCUAGACUGCUACUGAGCCACAUGACAGAUCAAUGUUGGACACAGAAAUCUACCGACCUAACACUGACACAGUCCUAGAAAGGCUUGGAUCGUCAAGGCAUCUGUUCAGUACUUCAAUUGAGGGUCACUGUAGGGCUGUGCAUUACCUUACAAUAGGAUAAGGUAAUGUACUUUACUUUAAGGUACCAAGUAGAGCUUUGCAGUACUUUACCUUUGGAUCCCAGUAAGGCUGUGCAGUACUUUACCUUAGGAUCCCAGUAAUGCUGUACAGUACUUUACCUUUGGAUCCCAGUAAUGCUGUACAGUACUUUACCUUAGGAUCCCAGUAAUGCUGUACAGUACUUUACCUUAGGAUCCUGUCUAUGGACUCUAAAGUACUGCACAGUACUACUGUCUAUGGAUCCUAAAGUACUUUACUUUAGGGUCCAUAGACAGUACUACUGUAAGGUACUUUAGGGUCCAUAGACAGUAGUACUUUGUAGUUCUUUACUUUAGGGUCCAUAGACAGUAGUACUGUGUAGUACUUUAGGGUCCAUAGACAGUAGUACUGUGCAGUACUUUAGGGUCCAUAGACAGUAGUACUGUGCAGUACUUUAGGGUCCAUAGACAGUAGUACUGUGCAGUACUUUAGGGUCCAUAGACAGUAGUACUGUGUAGUUGUUUACUUUAAAGUUAAAUUCACAGUUGGGAUGUACUUUACCUAGGGCAGUCUUCUGGCAACGCCUGUAUUGGACUACAACACCUCUACUCUCAUUUCACCUCGUCUUUCCUGUUUACAUAGAGGAUUUACAACAACCCAGAGAAUCAUGAUGGACUGCUUUACAUAGAGGAUUUACAACAACCCAGAGAAUCAUGAUGAACUGCUUUACAUAGAGGAUUUACAACAACCCAGAGAAUCAUGAUGGACUGCUUUACAUAGAGGAUUUACAACAACCCA